GUCAUAUCCGCCGCGUUAAAUCUGUGGCAUCCGUCUUAAGGACUGUCAUUCAAAGAGUGCAUGUGCUCAUGCAGCCGCGGGUGCGAGCUGGCCGAGCUCUGACGCAGAGUUGGACCCUCCUUGGACCACGUUGACCUUGACUCCGUCAUGGAUUUGACUCGGCUGGUCGCGGACGCGGGUCAGUUCAUCAACCGAGCGGUGCAGUACACCGGAGAGAGUCUGGGUCAGGCGGAGAGGACCGAACUGGACCCGGUUCUGGAGGAGCUCCUGCGACUGUCAGACGCCACCAAGACCAGGACGGACCAGAUUAUUUCCCAGACCGAGGUUCUGCUGCAGCCCAACCCCGGAGCUCGGUGGGAGGAGCGGCUGUUCGGCCACCUGGAUUGGAGCGCCCCCUCUCGUCCGCACGCUCACGAUUUGCUGGGCGAACAGUUGACGGGAGCCGGGCUGGAGCUGGGCACCAACACGCCCUAUGGAGCUGCACUGCUCAAGUUCGGGGAAGCUGAGAAGCAGCUCGGCGAGACAAACAGGAAGUUCAUCCAAAGCACCAACAUCCACUUCCUGACGCCGCUCCGGCGGUUCACGGAGGGAGAGUACCGAACCAUGCAGGAGGAGCGGCGGCUGCUGCUCAACAAACGGCUGGACUUGGACAUCGCCAAGACUCGAGUGCGGAAGGCGCACGAGGCAGAACGAGAGUCCCGAGGGCUCAAUUCAAACCUGACAGAUGACGACUACCUGUCGCACGUGUCGUACAUGUUCAGCUUCCUGCGUGUGAAAUGGCUGAAGCUGUGGGCUCAGGAAAUCUCUCAGGCAGAGAUGGAGCUCAGGAUCUGUCAGUCUCUGUUCGAGCGUCAGUCCGAAUCCACAAUGACAGUUCUACACAGGAUCCACGGCACGCAUAACAACCACAUGCAGAGUCUGACGGACUUCGUGGAGGCUCAAGCCUCUUACUUUGCGGAAUGUAACCAGCACGCGCAGGAGCUGCAGAAGCAGCUGCUCAGCAUCCCGGCCGUCCUGUGCUCCAACAACUGGCAGGCAGAGGUGGCAGCUCAAGGCACUGAGACGUCCUCAAACCAACCUGUGGAAGUGAACCACAUCACUCCAGUCCACGUGGACGCCUGUCGUCUUCCAGACUUCGAUCAAGACACCUGGAACACCGACCAGACAAACACGCAGCUUCCUGUCCAGACCAACAACAACAACAACAACAUAGCUGAGCAUCAGGAGUGGAGCCGGUCUUCCGUAGCAGACCACGCGCUCAGUCCAGACAGUAAAUCAGAGUCGCAGCUGGUAACUGAGCCGCAGCUCGGCCCUGCUGACAGAGAAGAACCUCCAGAUCCCUCUGGUGCCACAGACAGAGGCGCACGCUCACAUCUGAACCAGGAUGAAGCGAAGGACACUUCCCCGGCCGCAACCGAGGCAACCACCAAGUGAGCUGCCCUCAGUCUAAUAUAGAGACCUGCAGGGUGGAUGUGGUGCACCGGGUCACAUCUGUGGCAGCUGAUGUGGACUCUUAAGAGGCUGCAGAACCAUCAUGGUUUCAUUAACCCCAGCGGGGGCAGCCAUUACUUCUGCCUGUGUCAGUCAUCACUUAUCGUCAGGUGCCGCAUCAGACUUCAGCCGUCUUAUUUAUGCUCAUGAGUGUUAGGUGUGUGUGUGUGUGUCUUCGUGAGCAGAGCUGUUUUCUGAAUGAAACUCUUACUCAUUGGUGCCAAUUUCCCGCCUGAAGAUGCAAGUAUGAGUUCGUAUUGUGGAUCUGUCUGUUGCGUUACACAACUGUUGUGUGUCCAGAGCAGUCCACAGUGACGAUUGUGUUUCGUCGUCCUCCUGCUCUUCUGCUGCUGUACACUGCAGCCAAAUCCUGUCAGAUGAGCUGAACUGCUGAGAGUUUAAAAAUAUUAGAGAAAAUAUAUGAACAUAAAUCUGGAUUUAACUUUUCAGUUUGAGAAGUGGUUUUGUCCAGUGACUGUGAAGUUUACUGUCGUCUGUAUGGAAGUGAAAAACGUCACAGUAAAGAAGAGGAGUCGAUGUUUGUUGUGAGUUCUUGUGCGGGAAAGUGAAGGAGGAUCACGAGGGGCAACACUUCAGGCUUCACUCGACUCAUUAGACUGGAAAAACCUCAAAUAAUGAGUUGGAGCGGCGACGCGGACCCACUCGGGACGGCGAAUGGAAACACGCUCAUUAGUGCAACACGGGCCAACUGAUGUCAUGGACCACCAACUGCAGAAGCGUAGAAACUGGGUUUCACGCUGACA